ACUGAUCGUGUAGUAACGCUGAAUAAUUAUAUUUCACACUUGCUCUUUUAUAUUUACUCUUUCCCUUCCUGUUGCUUUGAAAAACAAUGAGUGAAAAGACUUUUGAAAAAGGUGUCUCUGAUCCUACCCAGAAACUCGAUGGCUCCGGCCUUCGCAUCUGCAUCGUCCAUACGCGAUGGAACUAUGCUCUCGUCGACAACAUGUACAAGAGCGUAUAUGAAACCUUGAUCAACAAGUACGGUGUGUUGGCAGAAAACAUUUUCACUGAUACCGUGUCCGGAUCGUAUGAAUUGCCCAUGGCUGCCAAGCAACUGAUUGACGCGUCCAAGUCUCAAGCUUCUGCCACUGCUAGCGAUUUGCUUGGAUCCCCUUCGCCUGCCAAUAAGGAGGGCAAGUCUAGCAAGAAGACGGGGCCUUUUGAUGCAGUGAUCUGUCUCGGUAUUGUUAUCAAGGGUGGCACUGCUCACUUUGAAUACAUUUGCGAUGCUGUCACUCACGGUAUUAUGCGCGUUCAAUUGGAUACCGGCGUCCCCGUCAUCUUUGGUGUUUUGACUUGCUACAACGAUGAGCAGGCCAUUGCCCGCUCUAGCACAGAGGAAGGUUUCCAUCAUUCGGAAGAGUGGGCCGCUGCUGCUGUUGAAUCAGCUCUUCGUACCAACCGCAAGCUGUAAGAAACGAACAAAAACGAAAACAUCAGGGAAGCAUUACCUCUCCCUAUAUAUAUAAGCAUAUGUAUAUAUAUAAAUAUAUAUCAUUGUUACGUACUAAGAUAGUAAAUAUAUUGGCUCUAUUGAACUUGAA